AUGACCUCGUCCCAAAGUCGCAUAGCUGAGCUCGCAGCAGCAGUUGCCCAGAAUACGCAGCUCAUCGAUCAAUACCUCUCCGAGAAGGGUCUGCCACAUCCCUCAUUUGAUGCCACCGGUCCGGCUGAUUUCAAUCUGCCACCGGAGCUCGAACGAGCGCGCGUCGCAGUCCUGCAAGCAACGCAAGAAUUGAAUGAUCUUCUUCAAGGCCCCAGGAAUCUUGUUGAAAACCAUCAACACAAUCUACUGGUUCCCCUCAAGCUGAUUGCACACUUUGACAUCGCACAAAAAGUCCCUUUGGAUGGAGAAACUACGUUCAAAGCACUUGCAGAAGCCACAAACAUCGAGCAAGGGGCACUUACACGCAUUCUUCGUCUCGGCAUCGCAAAUCGCAUUUUCAGAGAGCCACGGCAUGGAGUGAUUGCACAUUCAGCCGCAUCGAGGGAGAUCGCCGAGGAUGAGGGACUUGCUGGUUGGGUACGCGCUAGCGUGGAAGAGAUGUGGCCGGCUGCAGAGAAGACAGUUGAUGCACUGAAGAAGUGGCCCCGAGCCGACGAGCCGAACCAAACGGGCUUUGCACUGGCUAACCAAUCCGACAAACCCUUUUAUGCUGUGCUUGCCCAAGAUCCGCAGCGCGCGAAGCGAUUCGGCCAGGCCAUGAGCUUCUACACCACGGGCGAAGGGUUCUCCUUGCGGCACCUGACGGACGGAUAUCCGUGGGACACAGUUCCCGGCACCGUCAUCGAUCUUGGGGGCUCCCAUGGUGAUGCAGCUUUUGCUUUGGCUCGCAAAUAUCCAGACCUCCGCCUGAUAGUUCAAGAACUGCCCGGAGUAGUCGACAACGCGAAGCCAGUGGAAGGCCUCAACGUUAACUUCAUAGCGCACGAUUUCUUCCAACCGCAGCCAGUGAAAGGUGCAGAUGUCUACUUCUUUCGCUGGAUCCUGCACAACUGGCCGGAUCAAUACUGUAUCCAGAUUCUAAGGGCGCUGAUACCGGCGCUGAAGACGGGUGCGAAAAUACUAGUGAUGGAUUUUGUGAUGCCUCCACCUGGCUCCCUGCCAAACCAUCUUGAUCGAAAAUUGAGAGCUUUUGACCUCACAAUGUUGGAAAUCGGCAACGCGAAGGAGCGCGAUUUGAAUGAAUGGAAGGCGUUGUUCGCGGAGGCCGACGCGAGAUUUGUGUUCAAAGGAGUGAAGCAGCCUCCGGGAUCUAGGCUUACUAUCAUUGAGACGUCGUGGGAAGAAUGAUUCUGAAGUUUUCGAUGAGAUUUCGUUGUUGCGAGUGGAUGG